AUGGGUGGUUCCUCUUCAGGUGGCGCAAAAAGCUCAAACAAAGGCAUCUGGAGAGAAGAACGGAGUCCAGCAAGGGCAAGCUCAGGGGCUAGUGGGGGCCGUGGAAGCUCUGAUAGUGGAGGGCCAAAGCUUGUUAUGUUCAACAACAAAAUCACACUGGCAGAGACAAUUGAAGCUACCAGACAAUUCGACGAAGAAAAUGUGCUCAGCAGAACAAGAUAUGGGUUGGUCUUCAAGGCUUGUUAUGCUGAUGGUAUGGUGUUAUCGGUCCGCCGCUUCCCAGAUGGAGCACUCAAUGAAAACUUGUUCAGAAAAGAAGCUGAAGCACUGGGCAGAGUGAAGCACCGGAACUUAACAGUUCUUCGAGGCUACUACGCCGGGCCACCAAACAUGAGGCUUCUUGUCUAUGACUACAUACCCAACGGAAAUCUCGCUACCCUUUGCAAGAAGCAUCACACCAAGAUGGCCAUGUCCUCAAUUGGCCAAUGCGCCACCUCAUUGCACUUGGAAUUGCUCGUGGCUUGGCCUUCUUACACAGUUCUGCAAUGGUGCACGGCGAUGUGA